UGUGAGUUAUAUUGCUUUAAUUCAAGUUAUAUGUGAUCAUGUACACGUGCUCUGUAAAAGCAGUGUAAGAGAGAGUAAUUUACAUAAAGUCUAAUUCCUAUAUCAAAUGUCAAUCAAUGUCUAUUAACAAUCAUCGUUCGGAGGCAUACUAUGACACCAACAAAAUAUAUAUAUUCCAUGUCUCUGGCAUGAUUACUGGUACUUUCGCUUGGUAUGGCGCCGGUCCUUUUCUUUUCAAGUUCCUUGUGGAUCGCUAUGGAGCGCCACAGUUUUUGGCGGGGAUCAUGAUGUCCAUUAUGACUCUAGUUGGUGGCAAUAUUGGACUCUGGAUUGGAAGUAUAGUCGUCCGGUUCCUUAGUCUACGAGACUCGUGUCGUAAAGCAGCCAAAUUUGUUUUCUUUGUCAACAUAUUUACAUUGUCGAUCUUAUCACUUCUGGUUCCUGGAUGCAUCUACCCACGAUAUGCAGGUGUUGAUGUUCCUUACACUAACAGGUAUAACGUUAUARARUGCAKGGUCUAUYAUUCUMGUUUUGUGUUAAGAGGGAGAGCGGUAGCAACCUGUGGGAGGAGGAGAAAGAUAAGRGUGGGUUGGACUGCGGGUAACGCAGAAGAGAAGUAGGGACAUUGGUGGAGUGAGAAACAACUGGAGAAGGAAGGGUUCUAGUUUAGAGGCAGUUUGACAGCAUGGCACGGCGUACAGGGCAGAUCGGAGGACGGGYUUUAAUAACUGCAGAUUGGAAGGGAGAGGAAGUUCUGUUGGCGAGAUCGAGGAUGGCUUUUGAGAAAGGCAAAAKAGGACUGUAGAGGCAKAAGGGGGAGCAGGAGGAGAGAAUGGGACUGUUUGGUUGAGUAAAUUCAGGAGGGGUGUUUUAGUUAUUGGUAAGMMUGACCUGGUGGAAUGUAGAGUGAAGGYAAGUAGUUUAAAUGGAGAUGUUACAUUCUAUCUUAUAGCACCUCYAGUCUUGGUUUAGAMAGCGCGUGCAA